AUCAUAACCAUUUAAAAUCACCACCAACACCACCAUCAUGGGCCUCAUCACCACCAUCACCACCUCCAUCACCACUAUCAUCACCACCUCCAGAAGACGCCCCUCCACCACCCUGCUGCUCUUCGUCCUCCUCCUCCUCGUUGGAAGCUGGGCAGAGGCGAAACGCGAGUACAGCACCAGGAGGGAAGAAGGAGAAAGAGGAGGAGGUGGAGGUGGAGAUGGAGGAGGAGGUGGAGGAGGUAGAGGCAAGAAGGAGUGUGACCCGCGCCAUCUCCAACAAUGCAUGAAGAAGCUGGAGGCUAUUAAUGAAGACCACGACCUUGCCUUCGCGUCCACCGAGCCUGAGCUGGACGAAAUGUGCCACACGAUGGGAAGCGGCCUGAAUUGCGUCAAGGACCACAUCUCGCGCUGCUUCAAGGCGGCGCGUCAGCAGCUUAUCUACCAGCUCUUGACGGGCACCGAAGACGUGAUCCACAGCCUCUGCAUGCCCGGCGCCUUCAGGGAGAAGUACCUCCAACACUCCCCAUGCAUGAAGAACCUGAGUGUGGACCCCCAGAUGUGCGGGAAACACUACCACCGCCUCAUCAGCUCCGUCGACCCCGCUGAGAAGCUCGAGUUUGAGGAUUCCAUCAGACAGCAGUGUUGCGCCUUCCACAACUACCUUCUGUGCGUGACGUCAGCGGCGGAGCGGGAGUGCAGCAGCAAGGCAUCAUACUUCAUAGAGGAAUACUCCUACCGCACCGCCAGGCCCAUCAUACAGACCCGUUGCAAGGUGUACGUGCCGGGCAGCCUGGAGUGUACCUACAGCCGUGCCCCCAACAGCCGUGCAGCCCCUUUCCUCCACCUCGCCCUCCUCCUCUCCCUCACCCUCCUCCUCCUCCCCUCACCUUACUUCACCCUUAUUUAGUUUAUCUUCAUCUAUACUCGAUCUCAUUUCCUUCCUUCCGUUCCCUUCUAUUACGUUUGUUUUCCUUCCUUUUCCUCCUUAUCUCGUCUUUCCUCUCCCUACUCCUCUCCCUCACCCUCCUUUUCCUCUCCUUUUAUCUUUUAAUUAGUGUUCCAUCGUACCUAUUCCUUCCCUUUCUUUCUAUCUUCCUCUUAUCUAAUUUCCUUUUCUCUCUCUCUUAACCUCUGUACCAUCCUUUUAUUUCCUUCCUUAUCUCAUCCUUAUCUGGUCUCUCUUUCUCUUUUAAUCAGUGUUCCAUCAUCUCUAUUCCUUCCCUUUCUUUCUAUCUUCCUCAUAUAUAAUUUCCUUUUCUCUCUCUCUUAACCUCUGUACCAUCCUUUUUCUUCCCUUCCUUUUCUUCCUUUUCUUCCAAUCUCUCCUUUAUCUAGGCUAUAUUCUCCCUUUCUCUUUUCUUUCCUAUUCCUUCCUUCUCAUUCCUUUCCUUCCCUUUCUUCCUUUUUUCCACACGACAGCAAGAAACUCAGCACCUUCCUUCCACGUCAGCGCCUCAGCAGCCUCCUUCCCUCACCCCACAAAUCAGCCCUCGGUCCGGCAAUGCACCUCAUCAGCUCAGCAAGUCAGCAAGUCAAGUCAACAUAUCCCUACGCACUGCACUUCCUCCUCCUCCUCUAGCCUGUUUGUUGAAGUCUCCCUUGUGAGCUCUCCGUUUUCUUUGACUCCUCCUCUUCCUCUUCUUGCGUCCUCCUCCUCUUAUUCCCUAUCUGCCAGUGUUACGAUAAUAAUGAUAAUAUACGUGGAAUAAAAGCUACAUAUGAACACGGUUUUAAGCGACUGUCAGGUGGUGCUUUACGUAUACUAUAUAAGUGGUAAUGGAGGAAGAUGGUGAGAAUAAUUAUAUGUGCUGUUUAUUUAAUGAGAAAAAUAGCGAAUAGGGACGAAUAGGCUUCAUAGUGUGGCUCGAGGCGGAGUUGGUGUCUCAGUCGGCCCUCAGAGCGAAAAGACGACUAGCCUACUAACUCUUAUUUCCUUAUAUAAACGUUGUGUGUACAGUGUUUACGUUAUAUUACCCAGAAAAAACGUUGACCAACCCCACAUACAUAUACUAUAAGAAGCAGGAACGUUUUACUACAGAACGUGGAACAACUAAAUGAGAAACGGAAACGAAGCAGAAAUUCAGAAAAAAAAACGAGUGAAUGAAAUUAAAUAAAAACUCGCUUCACUUCCCAAACGGCCUGUAGCUACUGUGUGUGUGUUUGUGUGUGUUUGUUUGCUCAUGCUGCUCAGAAAAGACUUAAAAACACACACUCACAUACGCGGAAAGCAGGAGGAACGUUUAAGUGAUGUUUAACGAAAGGAAAUAGACGAAAAACGAGGAAACAUGAUGCUUAACGAGGAAAAAAGCGAUAUGAAUUCUCAACCCCCAAACAACUAUUGAACGCACAGACCCAGAACGCUCCACAGUGAUGCCUAACGAUAUAAUGAAUAACGAAUGUGAAUAAUGAAUAUGAAAGCAGAAAACGAGGUAACACAACAUUAUGAAGCAAUACAAACCUUGAACGCAAAAAAAAGGAAAAAAAUACGCCAAGAAAGAGCAUUUAAACCAGUGAUGUUUAAUGAAAUGAAAAUGAACUUACGAUGACAAACUGAAUACGAUGGAAAACUGGACCAUCUAUCGACGCAAAAGGAUUUAUAUAUAAUUAAAACGUAAAAAAAUAUCAAAAAGCUUAAAAUUAUGAAUAACAAACAUAUAUUGAGAAACCACUCGAAUAACAAGACAAAUAUAUACAAGAAUAUCGAAGAAAAAAAAAUUAAUGGACUAACAUAUAAUUGAAACGUUAAAAAAUAUCAAAAAGCUUAAAAUUAUGAAUAACAAACAUGUAUUGAGAAACCACUCGAAUAACAAGACAAAUAUAAACAAGAAUAUCGAAGGAAAUAAAUUCAUGGACUAACAUAUAAUUGAAACGUUAAAAAAAUAUCAAAAAGCUUAAAAUUAUGAAUAACAAACAUGUAUUGAAAAAGCACUCGAAUAACAAGACAAAUAUAUACAAGAAUAUCGAAGAAAA